AAAACUCUGCAUUUCCAGACCCCAGCCGAGGCUUGUUGGGGAGAAGCUGUGCUGUGCACCCAAGGGUGCUCGGCAGGGUGCAGGACCAUGCUGUCCCCCAUGGGACCGAGGUGAGUGCCUGUGUCACAGCCCUCCGGCGGGACAGGGGCCCCCCGGGCACCUCGCCCUGUUGUGGUCAUUAGACUCCAUCCCAUCCCUCCGUCUUUUAAAGCCCUAUUCUUUCCCUGUCCCUCUGAUAAGAAAUGCUAAUGAGGGGAUGAAAUUGGAUAGUUCGGUCGCCUUCUCCUCCUAAUGGAACUCUUGUGUUCGUUAAUUUGCUGUUUUUAAUGGGCUGAUUGUUCUCCUGUGCUGGGGGAGCCACGUGAGCCCUUCAGUGUGUUUCGCCGUGGUCAGAUGUGAGGUGGUGCUUGAAGGCAGCUGAACCUUGGCGCUCAAUAAUUGCAGAGCAAUUUGGAGACAAGACCCAAAUGUAUAAUUUAUCGGCGCUUCAUUCAUCCCGGUCCCGAGCGGUGGCGGAGGUGCCUGCGCCGCUCGGCGGAGCCCGCCCGGGACCCGUGUCCACCUCCCCACGCACUGGCUCUGCGCGGGGUGCGUGUCGGGGGAGGGGGGAGAGAAACCUUGCAAAUUAAUGAGGAUUUCCUUGGCCCCGGAGCAAGUAAUUGCAGAGCCCCAGACCUGCCGAGCUCUCCUGCUUUCUGCCGGCCUCGGUACUGCUGCCACCGCAGAGGGAGGUGGGCCAGGCGCGGAGCGAUGCUCAGACGGACAUCCCGCUGCCGGGAUGAGGAUUUCGGUUCUUGGCAGGAGCGUGGUGAGGUGGAGAUUUCUUGCCCGGGGAGUGAGAUGAAUGGGGCUCCCUUAGACAAAGGGUCCCGGUCAGCAUUUCAGGCCCUGAGAGGCGUCCAGGGGCUUUUCAUUCUUUGUCUGAAAGGGCGACGGUGCCGUUUCCAUUAGAGAGAUGCUUGCGAGAGCCGGUGCUGCCGAGCGAAAAGGCGAGCGAGAAGAGCUGCGUCAGCUGAUCGGCUUUCAAAUCACCUUCAAACCCUCGAUUUCCUUAACAUGAUCCCUCCAUCAGCCGAGUCUCCGGGGCACGGCCGGGGGGCUUUGCUGGGAGGAGAAUAAACCGGUGACCGCGGUGACAGCCAGCGCUGGAGAAACCCCUCUGUGCACAGCUCGGGGGGGACUCAAAAUCCACCCGCGCUGCCUUCCCCAGCCCUCCUGGACUUCUUAGGGUCGGACAAUUUCACGGCUUCACCCUGCAGUUCCUGCUGAGCUUUGGGGGCACCCGUCUGCUCCCCCAGGACACUCCAGGAGCCACCUCCAGUCUUGGGGGGGAAACCCCCCUUCGGGAGCAUCCCUGGGGCCGGAGAGCAGCUCCCCCGCGGCGCCGGCUGCCGGGGAAGGGAUGAAGACGCUAUGGCCAAAUUAUUGGUAAAACUCCAGCGGUAUUUUCGGCGAAAACCCGUGCGUUUCUUCACGCUGCUGGCUCUCUACCUGGCGGCCGGCAGCUUGGUGUUCCUGCACUCGGGCUUUGCCGGGGAGCCCACGGUGACGGGGACCCAGCGUGGCCCCGGGGCUGCCGAGGGACCAGGGCUGCCCUACCUGGGGGUGAUGCAGCUGAGCCGCGGCUUCAAGGCAGCAGCGACGAUGCCAGACGGGGGACGGCGGCACGGACCCUGGUUCAAAAGCACGUCCAAGGAACCGGCAGAGAGGGCUAAAGCCGGAGACUACGGCAGCACCCGGAGCCGGGCGCUCAGGGCCAGGAGCGGCCGCGAGAAGGAGGAGGACAGAGCAAGAUACAUCGGCUGCUACGUGGACAACACUCGCCGGCGAACGCUGCGUGGCGUGUCCUUCUUUGACUACAAGAAGAUGACAGUCUUCCGUUGCCAGGACAACUGUGCCGAACGGGGCUACCUCUACGCAGGGCUGGAGUUCGGUGCCGAGUGCUACUGCGGGCACAAGAUCCAGGCGUCGAAUGCCAGCGAGUCCGAGUGCAACAUGGCGUGCAAGGGGGAGAGGAGCAAUACCUGUGGCGGCAUCAACCGCCUCUCCAUCUACCGCCUGGAGCUGGCCCAGGAGUCCGCCAGAAGGUACGGCAGCGCGAUAUUUCGGGGGUGCUUCCGCCGGCCGGACAACGUCUCCAUCGCCCUGCCCGUCAGCCAGCUCAUGCUGAACAUGUCGGUGGACAAGUGCGUGGACUUCUGCACCGAGAAGGAGUACCCGCUGUCGGCCCUGGCUGGGACCGCCUGCCGCUGCGGCUUCCCCACCACGCUCUUUACCCUGCACGAGCGCGAGGAUGAGCAGCUCUGCGCCCAGAAAUGCGCCGGUGAGGAGUUCGAGAGCUGCGGCACCGCCGAAUACCUCCUCGUCUACCAGACCCAAGUGCAAGACAACCGCUGCAUGGACAGGAGGUUUCUCCCCACCCGUGCCAAGCAGCUGGUGGCCCUGGCCAGCUUCCCCGGCGCUGGCAACACCUGGGCACGCCACCUGAUUGAGUUGGCCACCGGCUUCUACACCGGCAGCUACUACUUCGACGGGUCUCUCUACAACAAAGGGUUCAAGGGCGAGCGGGACCACUGGCGAAGUGGGAGGACGAUUUGCAUCAAAACCCACGAGAGCGGCCAGAAGGAGAUCGAAUCCUUCGAUUCGGCCAUCCUGCUCAUCCGAAACCCCUACAAGGCCCUGAUGGCGGAGUUCAACCGCAAAUACGGGGGGCACAUCGGCUUCGCGGCUCACGCCCACUGGAAGGGCAAAGAGUGGCCGGAGUUCGUGGCCAACUACGCGCCGUGGUGGGCGACCCACACCCUCGACUGGCUGCGCUACGGCAAGAAGGUGCUGGUGGUGCACUUCGAGGACCUGAAGCGGGACCUCUUCGUCCAGCUGCAGCGGAUGGUGGGGCUGCUGGGCAUCGCCGCCUGCGAGGACCGGCUGCUCUGCGUCGAGGGACAGAAGGACGGCAACUUCAAGCGAUCCGGCUUGAGAAAAUUAGAGUACGACCCUUACACCCCCGAGAUGAGGAAGAUGAUCAGCGGCUACAUCAAAACGGUGGACACGGCUCUGAAACUCCGAAAUCUGUCGGGGGUCCCGGAUGACUACUACCCGAGAUGAUGGUGACGAUGGCGGGGGGGACUUGACCCUGGGUGGUCUCCCCGGCCUCUGCCUACUUCCACCCAGUGGGUGGCUUUUCUUUUAAUUCUCCAUCUGCUGCUAUUAGCUGUUAAUCAACUCCCUGCAUGAGCAACGAAUGGUCCCCAGCCAUCGCUGAGCUUGCUUGGCCGAUGCCGAUGUGGACCCAGGCGUCACCGCCAAGGGGAUGCGGGUGCCUUCCCUGCGCAGGGUCCCUGCUCCAUCCCGCUCCUGUUUUCGGCUCCCGCAGCCCUCCCGUGGCACCGCAGUGGGCUAUUUGUGCCUGUCCCUCCGGCCUGGCUGGGGGGGACGCUGCUUUGCUCGUGCCGUGCCUGAUGCACCCCCCUGGUGCCGGCAACGCUGCCACGGUGCUGCAGGAGCUGAGCUCCCCUGGGGGGGGGUAUUCCCAAAGUCCCCUGGCUCCUUGGCCAGCCCUGGAAUGUCCCUGGAUGGAGCCCAUCAGCCGGAGAGACCAGGGAGGGUUGGCGCCGUGUGGGGGAUGCUCCUCUGGAUCCCUGUGGAAAUCGGGAAGGCUGUGCUGGGGAGAGUGAUGCUGUGUCCCCCCCUUGGCUCCACGGGGACCCUCCCUGAGCCUGGAGCCGGGGGGGGGGGGCGUCUCUGUCCCCCUUGGCUCCAUGGGGACGCUGCCUGAGCCUGGAGACAGGGGGGGUCCCUGGGGUGAGGGUGGUGUCCCCAGCCACAGCAAUGUCACUUCUCCAGCCCCGGUGCCCGGGGGGGGACCUGUGAGCCCCACCUGGGGGCUGCGGGUGGUGGGACCCACCCCCACGCGUGUGAAUGAUGCCCGAGAGGGGGACAUUGUCCCCGGACAGAGGAGCUUACAGGACCCACGAGCUCGUCCGUGCCUCAUUCCAAAAGCUCACGAGCCAGAACAGCCCCCCCAGAAGCAGUUUUGGGGGCUGCGAGCGGGGUCCGUGGGGACCAAAUCUCGGGGCUGGGCUUUUAGGUGUGUGUGCCCCCCCCCGACACACCGGCUGAAUAUAGUCCCGCAAUGGGUCGUCCCCUCGCCGGGGCUCGCACCCUCUCCCGCUGCCUGCCCACGGGCAAGCUGAAACCAAAGGAUCUCGGUGCGCGUUGGGAAGAUGCCGUUCGCCAGGCUGGCUUUGUGCUGAGCUGCAUGCCGUCCCCAGCCGUCCCCCUCCCCGCGCCACCCUCCCAGCCCGGCCCCGGCCCGGCUUUGCCGCAAAAGAGCUUCCCCCCACCCACCCCCAACUUCUCCUUCCAACCUGCAAGUCCCCUUUGGAUGUAGGUGCAAAAGCCAUAUAUAUUGUACGCAGCCUUUUCUAGAGUUAGGUAUUCGACGGUUGGCUUUUAACUCUUGAUAGACGUACACGCACAGGUCGAAAUCUAGAGACACCGCUCAGUCUAUAUUCAAAGAGAGAGAAGAAAACUCCCCAGUGGAAAAAGGAGAAUUUAAAUAAAAUAUAUUUUUCUAACGUGCGUGCGGAGCGGACACGGGGCAGCGCUGCUAGGGCUGGGGGGGGGAGGGGGGGGCUCCUGGUCCCUGUUUCUUUGCACGGAGGUGGGUGAAUGUGUUUAUAAGGAGCAGCUGCCCCGUUUUUAACUCUUCCCUUGACAAAUGGCUGGAGGUUUUCUAGGAGAGGGGGGUGAGCCCCGUUCCCGGUGGGAAUCGAGCUGACCCCAUGCUCGCAGCGGCCCGGGGGCUGCCUACCUCGGUCAGAACAAAUCCUCAGGUCAAUCCAGCUAUUAAAGGAGAGGUUUUUUUGUUGCUGUUCUGCCUCCCCGUGUGUUUGUGGGGCCGCCUGAGCAUCCCGGUACCCACCCCCUCCCCGAUCCCAGACCGGGGGCUGGAUGUCCCCAGGACGCUGGAACAACCGGCGGGUGGCUCCUCUACCCCCGGCUUUAACCACAUGAAUGCCAUUCCCGUUUUUAAACCACUGACAACACAACCAAAGUGGCUCCUUCUUGGGAGUUUUAUUACUUUUAUAGUAUCCUUAAAGACAGGUUUAUUCCCGUCCGUGGUAGGAGUGGGGAGAUUUACAGCGGGCUUUAUUCCCGUUGCCUCCCGUCCUUCUUCGGCUUUGGAGCAAGAGCGGGCUCGGUGCAAUUUAUUCCUUUUCUCUUGGCCGAUCGCCGCCUUAUCUGGAGUUGGUGAAAUCCCUUUUUUUUUUUUAGUAGCGUUGGGUUUGCAGCGAUGGAGACGCAGGCCGGGCGGGAUUUGUUCUGACAGGCACCGUCUGCGGAAGAGGCAGCGUUCCCUUCCGCCCCUCGGAAGUAAUUAAACCCCAAAAGCCAAUUAAUCUCCGAGAUAAAACAAUUAAGGGAUGACAUCGCGUGCAGGCAGCGUGCUCGGGGGCCUGGGCUGCAGCUUGUAAGGCGGCAGGGGAGGCGCGGGGAGCGGGGAUGGGGGCUGCCCCCAGCACAGGGACCCCCAUCCGCACAGCCCAGGGGACAUCGGGGGCCAUCGCUGUCUCCACCAAACCCCUUCAAAAGCACGGAGGGAACUCCCUGAGCACCAGCAGUAUCAGCUUACCUCUAUUUUUCACCCCCCCGCUGUGGCUUUAAGGAUCACUGAAGUUUAAUGCCUUUAUUUCACUGCAAUUGUUUGUUGGGGGUUUUUUUUGUUGGUUGGUUGUUUUUUUGGUUUUUUGGGUUUUUUUGUUUUUUAGUCAUUACCUCCCCGUAAGUAAGUGUGUGCAGCGCAUGUGGCUGCCCACACGCACCCCCGGCUUACGAAGGUCCGUGCCUUCGCCUCCAUCCCGGCUAACGCAGGAGCAGUGAUGGCCCUUCUGCUCUCCCCACGAGCAGAAGCCAAAGGUUUAUGGUUUAUUUUAUUUUUAUUUAUUAAAUGCCGGGCUAUUUAUUUUUUUUUACCACAUGGGGCUGGCGUGUAAUAAUAAAAGUUAUAUUCCCCCCGGAAAGAGACGCCAGCCAUCCUUUCUGCAUCGUUUUCAUGUGCAAAGCUCUUGACAUGUAAUAGCCGCCCUGCUGGGCUUCCUCCAUCGCGCCAUUGUAGCCCGGCUCGUUGGCGAGCACCUGAAUGUGCAGGCAGGGGAGGCAACCCUCAGCGUUUCCACGAUGAUUUUUUUAAAAGCAGCGAAUCUUUCCGCUUGAUUCAGCCUUGGUGAGCCCAGAGCAUCCCCGGGCAGGACCAGCCGGCUGGCAUGGCCUGGGGGCCACUGGGGGGGGGGGGUGUUACCUUGACCACCUACCCCCCCAGUUUCCUGCUUUUAAAAAAAAAAAAAAAAUCAUCUUUUUUUCCCUGCAAUCUCUCAUCCCUGGGAGCGUUUUCCUGCCUCCCCGGUCCUGCGCUGGUGGAGGCUGCAGCAUCCUCCCUCCCGGGCUGGAUGGGUUCCUCAGCCGUUGCCUUAGCAACGACGUCUGCACCAAAACUCCCUGCAUUUCCCCCAAUUCUGUGUGGGUUUUGCACUCGGCAGGCCGGUCCCUGCGAUGGAGGAGAUGAUGCUGGAGGAGACGAUGCCGGAGAGCAGCUCAGGCCCGGGCUCCCUUCCCUGGCCAAGGCAGCGAAUGCCCCUCUGGGGCGAAUUCAGAGGAUUCUGGGCUGAUGCAAAUGAUGUUGUGGGGGCUCGGAGCAGGUCGGAGGGAAGGGGCUCCCCUUCCUCACAAAUUAAAUCCCAUACGAAGUUCAUACUGCUGUUUAAAUAAGGGAAAUAACCCGCCCCAACAGCAUAAUGCAGAAGCCGCAACAGCACUUUCACAAAAGCUCUAUAAUGUGGGGGAGAUGCGAGUUAUAAAUCUGAGCAGCAGUAAUAUUCAUCCCCUACAAAAGAAGCAUGUUUAUUUAUCGGUUUUACUAUUUUCCGUAAAAUUUACUGUUGACAAUCUGCCUGAAUGCAGCAGAGAUAAUUUAAACAUGGCUCCAACCCGCCUGGCAUCAAGGAAAGAGAAAGGGGAACAUGUUUAAUCUUUUUUUUUUUCCUUUUUUUCUUAAUUCCAAUUGUAAAUAAAGGGCGUGAUUUAUCGGAGAAGGAAAGCACAGCUUUAUUUCAGGGCCGUGACAGCUAAUUGAGAAAGAACAGUCAUUAAGGAGGGUUAUGUGUUCCACAGAAAUGAUUUUGGAAUAUUCCGGAGUAAUUUCCCAGCCGCGCGUG